GUAGUCUCCUCCGGCGUCCGCAGCCAGGAAGCCAGGAACCCUGGUGUCCCCGAUACGGCGGGGAGGUGCAGGAUGUCGGAGGAGCAAAGUAGGCAGAGCGAAGGGUCCUCUCAGGCUGGCGCAGUGAAUGUCAGCGACAUCCAGGAGCUGAUACGGCGCAAGGAGGAGAUCGAGGCGCAGAUCAAAGCCAAUUAUGAAGUGCUGGAAAGCCAAAAAGGCAUUGGGAUGAGCGAGCCGCUGGUGGACUGCGAGGGGUACCCCCGCUCAGAUGUGGACCUGUACCAAGUCCGAACUGCAAGGCACAACAUCGUCUGCCUGCAGAACGAUCACAAGGCGGUCAUGAAGCAGGUGGAAGAGGCCUUGCACCAGCUGCACGCUCGAGACAAGGAGAAGCAGGCCCGGGACAUGGCUGAGGCCCACGAAGAGGCCACGAGCCGCAGCCUGGGCCAGAGCGAGGGCCUCCGCCUGCCUCGGGCCUUCGCCAAGGUGAACAGUAUCAGCCCUGGCUCCCCCGCCAGUAUCGCGGGUCUGCAAGUGGAUGAUGAGAUUGUGGAGUUUGGCUCCGUGAACACCCAGAACUUCCAGUCUCUGCAUAACAUUGGCAGUGUGGUGCAGCACAGUGAGGGGAAGCCCCUGAAUGUGACUGUGAUCCGCAGAGGGGAGAAGCACCAGCUUAGACUUGUCCCGACCCGCUGGGCAGGAAAAGGACUCCUAGGCUGCAAUAUUAUUCCUUUGCAGAGAUGAUUGUCCCUGGGGAACAGUAAUAGGAAAACAUCUUCCCUUGCCCUGGGUUUGGGUCUGGUGAGGAUUUCUUCCUUCUCUUCUCUCCCCGAAGCUUAAGGAUCUGGAAGAGGCUGGAAGCCUGAACUGGGUGGUGGAAACAGUGUGACCUCCCAGCAUGAUCUCUUGGGAUUAAGACACUGUUAACUUGAUUUGUACUUGGCAUCUUUUGCAAAUUAGGCCAUGAUCCUAAAUGGGAGCCGUCUGGGUUGUGGGGAAAUGGGCGGGAGUUUUUCUGGCAGGUGCUGAUAUGUCUUUAUUCUUUUAGGACUUUCCCCCCCAAAUAAACACAGGUUUAUUGUACUGAUAUGA